AGACUUCAACUCCUGCACCACUGAACUAUCAGGUGUCAAAACACUGGACAGACAUUGCUUCUGAAAAUGUGUUAUGAGUUAUUUUUAAAGGACUGAAAAUUGGUUGAAGGAAGAGCAAUUCUGAAGAAAGGAAACUGGGUGUGGUGUUCCAGAUUCUUGAAGGCUAUGCUGCGAUGACCUGUACCAGACUUACUGGUGACUUGUGGACUUUUACUGCAGCUGUCUACAUCAGCUUCACUACUUCAGUGGCAACAUGUGUCCAACUUAUGUGAACAGGACUUUACGGUUAUACCGCAAAAUCAGGUACCUCAUGAGCCUUCUCAGAAAGCACCCUCGUCUGACCAAAGACGGAUGUUCGCUGCUGUCGCCUUCUCUUUGUCACACAUAUACAAGAAAAGCCACUUUUAAAAGUUUAAAUCACAGGUCUGAUAUCAGUUCCAUUUCUCAUCUCUACCUCAGAGAUUUCAAACAGGGAGUGAAACAUCUCCAGGUUGUGCGACUUUACUCGUCCUCUAAAAAAGAUGUGCUCAAACCUGAACCUCCCAUUGGUAUUUUGGAGGAAGCCGAGAAUGGGUUUCACUGGAAUUCACUGGGACGCAUUGGUCGAUCAUUUAACCAACUGUCCAGACACAUUAACAAUUAUUUCAAGAAUAAGGACGAUGUACCUCUAGCUGAAAAUGCCCGUCUUGUUGUCACAACUCCAGAAUAUCUUGUCAGGUUGCAGAGGCAUCGUCAAAGCCAAAUAGUAGCCAGAGAGAAAAGAAUAUCUGAGGGCAAAAGCACUCCACAUGUUCACAAAUGCAAAGAUCGACAAGAGAGCUCACUAACAAGACUUUCAACCCUGCAAUUGUUUCACAUCAGCUCUUUGGCAACCACAUUUGGCGAGAGCUACAAUUAUGUUGCUAAUCACAUCAACUCAGUCUUUUCCAAGAGCUUCCUACUGCAGGAGGAUGUGCAAACAAUGUCUUCCACCAGAGGGACACAGAGAAGGGAGAAAAGGCAGACUUGUAGUAUGGACUCCAAAGAUGCCAAAAUGCCCCAAGUCAAAUUGAAUGCUGAACAGGGAACUGUGGAAUCUGGUGAUCUCUCCAGCAGCUGGGAGGAAGGCUACCUUCAUUUUGCAAGGCACAUCAACAAAUACUUCGGUGCCAAGGUUACUGAUGAAGUUCAGAACAAAAGUGUGCAACGUCCCGUGGAAAAGAAUAGCAUUUCCAACUCAUCAACACAAUCUACCUCACAAACUCACGGUGCUAUGCCACAACUGAAACAAAAAGACUCCGAAACUGAAGGCCUUUUCCACAGCAGCCAUAGUACUACUAACUUUGGGGAGAAUUAUCUCCAAAUGGCCAGGCACAUCAAUCAGUAUUUCAAGGGCAAAAGUGUACGAGAUGAGGACAAUGACAGAAAUGUCAUAACAAUGCAGCCUGUGUCUGCUACCUCUGAGAGAAUCAAGACUGUUACCUUCAUGGACUGCCUCCGACAGCCAACGAGUGCCAUUCCUGACUUGCUUGGUGCUUAUCUUAAUAUGGGCCUCUUGACCCAGACUAGUAAACCUAGAACUGCCAUGACCCCAACCGAGGCAAUCGUGAAUAAAAAGCUUGUCUUGAGUAGGAGGAAGGCAGAGGAAAUCACUCAUGGGUUGAUUGGCAGUCUGAGACAGGCUUCGUCUCCAGGAGCUCUGGUCGCCUGUGUGGAGACACUCAAUGAACACCUUAUCCGUCAUCCCUCAUGCAAAGCUUUGGUGUGGCAGGAUAAAACUGCAGGCACACUGUUGAAAAAGCGGCGAAGCUACAGCGAUGACCAGGCGCUCCAGAGUGCCUUAAGAGAAACUCUGGCCCUAAUUGGCUACGUGGAUCCAGUAAAAGGCUGUGGCAUCAGAGUGCUCUCAAUCGAUGGUGGUGGAACAAGAGGUGUGGUGCCCCUGCAUAUGUUAAAGCUACUGGAAAACGAGACGGGCAAAAAGAUCCACCAGCUGUUUGACUACAUCUGUGGAGUGAGCACAGGUGCUGCUCUGGCCUUCAUGCUGGGUCUGGCCCGUUUCUCUCUGGAGGAGUGCACUGACAUGUACCGGCGGUUUGGCUCCGAAGUGUUUCGUCAGAACCCGCUGGUUGGCACCAUGAAGAUGGGCUGGAGUCACUCGUACUAUAACACUGAGACAUGGGAAACGAUAUUACGAGAGAAGAUAGGAAAUAAAGUGCUUAUUAAAACAGCCAGGGAUCAACUGAGUCCCAAGGUUUCUGCAGUGAGUGCAGUGGUAAACUGGGGCACCAGUCCAAAGGCCUUCGUCUUCCGCAACUACAACCACAAGCCAGGCUCUCUCAGCCGAUACGCGGGAGGCUCAGGCUACCAGCUGUGGGAGGCGGUGAGAGCGUCAUCUGCCGCGCCGGGAUACUUCCAGGAGUUCCCACUGCAAAGUGAUAUACACCAGGAUGGAGGUAUUCUCCUGAACAACCCAUGUGCCUUGGCUGUCCACGAGAGCCGCCUGCUGUGGCCCGACCAGCCCUUCCAGUGUGUGUUGUCCCUUGGCACGGGUCGCUAUGACAACGCUAAGAGGAGUCCUGCCACCUCCACAAGCCUGAGGGCCAAGAUCAGCAACCUGAUAUGCAGCGCCACAGACACCGAAGGGGUCCACACUCUAUUGGACGACCUGCUCGCCUCAGACGUCUACUUCCGCUUCAACCCUAUGCUGAGCGCCGUGGUUUCCCUGGACGAGAGCCGCCCGGGGGCCCUGGACCAGCUACAGUGGGACACUCAGACUUACCUGGAGAGAAAUAAGCCCAAACUGGCUCGGCUCUGUUUGGUGCUCGGGGCAGAGCGGUCAGCUGUGAGGAGAACUAAAGACUGGAUGAGUGAGAGGGUGUGGGAGAUGAAGCAGAGAUGGUUGUGAGUAUGUGUAAGAGCCCGUCUACAGAAGUGAGACUUCCUUUCCUACACGUGUCAGGGAACUAUGGUUUUGCAUACCAUGUUUAUGUAGUAUGCCUCAACUUCAAAAUUUGAAUUUUAAGGCUACUAAAAACCUCAAGAUUUUUAUUUUAAAGCAACUAUAUACUUGCACAUACUGUACAUUUUUGUUAGUAUAUCAUUUCUGCAAUAGUUCCUCCUACAUUUUACAUAUUUGACCUUUAAAAUCUGACAUAAACUAUCAACUUUUGUGUUUUUGUGUUGCACAAAACAUGCUAUGCAAGAUUCAUGAUGUGUCAAUUCAAAUGAAAAAAAAAGGCCUUAUUGGCAUGGGAAACAUAUGUUUACAUUGCCAAAGCAGAUAUGACAUACACAAAUAAAAAUAAAUAAAUACAUUUACAUACAGUAUAUUUACAGGACUAAAUAUACAAGGACUUCCUGAGCUUCAGGUCGGUCACUGUGCUUUUACUUUAUUUUUGAAUUCAUUUACCCUCUAGAUGAGUAGUGCUAUUUGAAUUGCAUAAUCUUCCAGACGGACAAAGAAGCCAUGCAGUUGCUGAAUAUUCUGUCCAAAUUGAUCAAGAAAGUUAUUUCUUUCAGUUAUUUUGUUAAGAUUUCUGUUACUUAACCACUCCCUGACACGUGUUGUCAACAAGUUAACAUGUUGUUUUGUUGUUUUCUUGACAUCCGCAGAGCUCGGCUACGCACAUUCAUAAAACAAGCACUCUCAUGCACUUUGUUUUGAAAAGGUUUGGAAUUAUUGUGCUCUGAAAUGUGCAUUUCUGUUGUUAACUGUGAUAUAAUACAAUAUGCAUAACUUCACAGUGUUUUUGUGUAAAAUCUUAUGUGAAUACAAAAAAAUAAAUGAAUAUAUAUUGCUA